GAGCACUUAGUUGGCCUGAGCAACCAGGGGUUGGAGAGCGGGGCUAAACCCCUGCUGGUCAAAGACCAGAUUAAGAUCAACAGACUUGAGAAACAAGCUGAGGAAUUCCUCAGUGCAGUCCUCUACAAAAAAGGUAGGUCUUUACAGGAACAGUGUUUGUUACAUACCACCUCCUGUGUCCUUGUGUUACAACACUUUCUGUAAGAUUGUGUAUUGAAAUACUAGCAGGAAUAGGCUAUUUCUUGAAGUGGGCCAUAUGUGUUCCUUCUUUAAAAUUAUUUAUUUUAUUUUUAGGGGGUAGAUCAGCUUUAAUAUUGCAGAUAGAUUGUAACUUCCAUCAAUGUAAUUGUCUGCAUCACUUCCAAUCCCCGAUAUAGUUACAUUUGAUAAAACUGUUGCUAUGGUUGAGAUAGCUUCCGCUCGCACACAGGCUGAGGGUCAACCAUCUCUACAGAUAUCUUUGACAUUAUUUUCCCCUCUCCCUCCCUCAGAUGUCCCCAGCUUCUCGGACCCGCACAUUCCAGUAGUGGCUCAGGCGAUAAUGCAGAGGAUGAUCCGCCAGUUUGCUGCCGAAUAUACCUCAAAAAGCAGCUCCUCUUCUCAGGACGGCCCCUCUGCCCCCAGCCCUGCUCCCCAGCCCCACCCAGAUCAAAGCCUGCCACCUCCCCCCUCGCUGCCCCCUGCUGCCAGCCUUGGUGCUACUGUGACAGCCUCCGUGCCCAGCCAGAACCCUGUCCUCUCCAAGCUGCUUAUGGCCGACCAGGACUCGCCUCUCGACCUCACUGUCAAAAAGCCUCCGCCACAGCCUGUAGAACAAGGUAAAACCAGCAGACACACUAGUUCUGGUAUUACAUUGAACCAGCAGUCACACUAGUUCUGGUAUUACAUUGAACCAGCAGUCACACUAGUUCUGGUAUUAUGUUGAACCAGCAGUCACACUAGUACUGGUAUUACAUUGAACCAGCAGUCACACUAGUACUGGUAUUACACUGAACCAGCAGACGCACUAGUUCUGGUAUUACACUGAACCAGCAGACGCACUAGUACUGGUAUUACACUGAACCAGCAGACGCACUAGUUCUGGUAUUACACUGAACCAGCAGACACACUAGUACUGGUAUUACACUGAACCAGCAGACGCACUAGUACUGGUAUUACACUGAAAAAGCAGACGCACUAGUACUGGUAUUACACUGAACCAGCAGACACACUAGUACUGGUAUUACACUGAACCAGCAGACACACUAGUACUGGUAUUACACUGAACCAGCAGACACACUAGUACUGGUAUUACAUUGAAGCAGCAGACGCACUAGUACUGGUAUUACACUGAAAAAGCAGACACACUAGUACUGGUAGUAGAUUUGAUAUAAAGUAACCUCUUCCUCACUGUCAAGAGGAUGCUGCCACAGCCUGCAGAACAAGGUACAAGACCGUAACCAACAGAUUCAUUACCCUACUGUACUGCACAAAUACUGCACACCCAUAGAGAAUGAUAGAGGCCUCUAGUGGCCAAAAGGCUGUAUUAGCAUGAGCAGUGCCAUUGAGGGCUUCCACCAUUUUAAUGUAGUCAACUGGUUGGGACUUCCAACUUCAUUGGCUGAUCCCUCCUGAUGACCCUGUUGGGAGUCAUGUCCAACUGGGUCAUCAAGAGGGAUCAGCCAAUCGUGAAGAAGAAAAUUGGCUACUUCAAAAUGAAGAUCGCCUCAAUGGCGCUGCCCAUGCUGUCACAGCUGAUAUAAUGGCUCAGAUAAACAUAUGAGUCCUCUAUCUCUAUGUGCACACCUGACAGAAUGGCUCUUGCUUUCUAAGUUACUAACCCUUAUGUCCUGUCCCUAGAUGGAGUGCUGGACCUGUCACUCAAAAAGGGACGGGCCAGAAGCAGCAUGUCAUCGCUCCACAGUUCUCACCUUUCCCAGACAUCCACUCUCAGAGGGUAAGACCGACUUCCUGUCACCUGUUUCUACUUCUUGUAGGGCUUUACCACAACAAACUCCCCAAUCUGUCCAAACAAAAGUUUAUAACUACAGGUAGGAGCUCCUGGUCCUGGACAGCUCCAGCCUAUGCAGGUUGAUUUGACUGUGUGACAUCAUUAAAGUGAUUUCACAUGUGCAUCUUCAAGAAAAAAAAUCUUGAAGGAGAUGCUUUGGUAUCAGGAAACAACAUUAUUAUUAUUAUUAUUAUUAUUGGAUUCCUUUUUAAAUGCACAAUAAAAUGUAGUUAAGAUUCCAAUGGAUUGAAGAAAUAAGUGAAAUAAUCAAAAUAAACCCCUAACCAAUAGAGCUUCCCAUUCUAUUAACUACACAACAUCAUGUUCAACGAUUUACAUUGACCAAGCCUUCAUUUCAAGCUAAAAAAUCAUUUGAAUCUUUAAUCCAGUAAAAUCAGUGUUGUAUUUUGGCUGAGGGCAAUGCCUCGUGAUAUCAUCACGCCGUGGCAUGGACGUUAGUGCAUUUGAAAUGGAACAUGCCGCAAUGAAAUUUUAAUUUGGAUUAAUUAAGUGCCAGUUGCUCCGCUCUCUAGCUGCCCCCCUCUCUUUAGGAGUGGAACAAGAGCGAGAGAAGAGUGAUUGAGUGAACAGAAGAGAGGGAGAGAGCAAGCGAAGGGAGAUGUGAUCUGAAACAGUUAUCAAGAAUCAAGCUGUUUUGUGAUGUUGAUCUCGUUCAGAACGUACAGAUCUGUACUCAAUGCAGAUAUCCACAGAUGUACAUCUAGUAUCUAUCACUCUAUAUACCCCCCUUACGCAGCCCAUCUUUGAUAUGAUAUUUCAAAGCUGAGAUGGCAACUGGUCGGAGGUGGAGGGAAUAUUUAGAAGUGCAAAGAGCAGACUCCUUUCAAGUCAUAAUAUGAUCUUGGCUUACGACUCUAGCGGCAGUUUUGUAAAGGGCACACUUCUUUUAUUUUCCUCUGUGUCUGUGAUUAUGGCCCCUCAUCACAAAUUGCCUUACCACUAAUUAAUCAAUCACCCAUGAAUUUCAUGUGAGCAUUUUCAAUCAAUACGCUCUGCUGAUUUGCUAUGUUCUAUCACACAUAACAGUACUGUGUGUAAGUGCCUUGUUGGGUGUUAACCUUGCAGAUAAGUAUUUCAGAUGUUUUCUUACAGUAACAGUAUUUCUGUCAGGUUGAUAUUGUGAGCGUUUAUGUGAAGUCCUACAUCAUCCCAUGCUGAUGGCUUACUCUUUUAUUGCUGUGCUUGUUCAGUGGUAACGUCACUCGCUAAGGGCUAUACGUUAGCAUUAGUCAUUUGGUAACACACUCAUCCUGCCCUGCUCUGCUAUUAAAUGCCAGACUGCCUUACUGCAAUGAACAACAUUGCCCUCCCUCUCCUGCCCUAUCUGGACAGGGCUGGACACAUUUAUCUCUUAUGUUUUGAAUUUUUCUUUGGAUUUAAUUUCUUUGCCCUGCAUAUCCUUUUAAUUUUUUAUUAUUGUUAUGUUGACUGACGCAUAAUUUGUAAACAAAAAAAAGAAAUGCAAAGCUAAAACAAACAACAAAAUAAACAAAUUCCCAAACUUGAGCCUUUUUUGUUCUUAAAAGGAACACACACACACAUUGACUUUUUUUUUUUUUAUCUAAGCAAGAUAGUGAUGUUACCCAAGCAAGAUCAUCCAAUAAAGGAGUGGCCAACAUCCUCCCUUCCCCAACCCAUCCUCCCCUAGAGAGAGAAAGAAUAAAGCACUGUGCAAGCUCUGCUUACACCAAAUUUCCUUCCAUCCAAUCAGGCGUUCCCUGAGAGCUGACGGACAGGCCGGGCUGCCUAUGAGGAGCCUGCAGGAUGGUAGGAGGAGGGAGAAUUUCGGUCACUCCGCCCCUUUAAAACCCACCUCGCCUCUCGGUCAUGCGCUGCACAUCAAACAGGAAGUGAACCAGGAUUCCGACACAGAGUUGUCUCCCAACCAGAACCACACCUCCAGACCCUUCGACCACCUCUCUCUCUCCAGGUAUGGCUCUCCAUCCUGGGCCUCCAAGACCCACUUUGGGGCCCUCUUGAAGCUCCGGGCCAACAGCGGAGCCGGGGACCACCUCAAAGACCUACCAAGCCUGCUGGAGGCCGUGGGGCUCUUCACCAAGUCCCCCUCCUGUGGGAAGGCAAUCCUCCAGGAGGCCCGGAGAGACCAGGGGCUCUCCCUUUCUCUCUCCCCGCCCGUCGACCUCAAAAUCCCCCGGGUGCGAGGCCUGGGGGUGGACCUCUCCUGGGGCUCUCUGAGCUCUGAUCCCUACAGCCUCCCUAGCCCCCACUGUGAGAACAGCCUGGGGAAGAGGCUGAGGUCCAUCCUGCCCAAACACGGUCGCCGGGGAAGCAGUGGAGGUCUGGACGGGCCUGGAAGAGAUGGGGAGUAUUGGGGUUCAUCCAACGCAGACCGCCCUGCUUCUGGGGGGCAGUACCCUACCUCUGACCCCGAGGCAGACCUCUGCAACAAGCAGCCGAGGAAGAAGAGAGGAAGAUACCGUCAGUACAACACAGAGCUGCUAGAGGAGGCUAUAGAAGUGGUGAUGGGGGGGAAGAUGAGCGUGUCCAAGGCUCAGACCGUCUACGGGAUCCCUCACAGCACUCUGGAGUAUAAAGUCAAGGAGCGCCUGGGGACCCUGAAACACCCGCCCAAGAAGAAGCUGAAGCUGAUGAGCCGCAUGGAGGAACUGGAGGGUACGGAGGCCCCCGAGGGCAAAGAAGCUCUGGAUGCGCCCCUGGACCCCCAGGAGUCUCUGUGGGAGGGGAGACAGUCUGUGUCUGUGCCCAGAGAAAACGGCAGGGAGCUGCUCAGCACUGGCCUCUCACCAGACAAGUGA